AUGAGGAAAAGCAAGGCCCCCUCCUCCAGGAGAGAAGAAAUCCAGAAAAUCUUCCAAUGCUACGCCUCGGGCAAGACGACUUUGCCUGUCUGUGCCCUCCUCAGGUUCCUCCACAAGGAGCAGAUGGAAAUCAGAACAAAUGAAGAGACGGCAGAGAGUUUGAUUGACAGAUAUGAGAUUGAGGAGACAGCCAGAGAAAGCAGGUGCAUGACAUUCGAAGGCUUCUUCAGGUACAUGGAGUCCAAAGACUGCUGUGUGUUCAACCAGGCCCACACAUCUGUGUACCAAAACAUGGACCAGCCUCUCACCAGUUACUUCAUCUCCUCAUCGCACAACACCUACCUGACAGGAGAUCAGCUAGUAGGCAAAAGCCAUCUGGAUGCCUAUGUUUGCGCUUUAAGGAAAGGCUGUCGCUGUCUGGAGAUUGACUGCUGGGAUGGGCCAGAUAUGGAGCCUGUGGUCUACCAUGGCUACACCCUGACCACCAAGAUACUCUUUAAGGAUGUCAUCACCACUGUGGAGCAACAUGCCUUCGAGGUGUCUGCUUACCCAGUGAUCUUGUCAUUGGAAAACCAUUGCUCCCAGGAGCAGCAGGAGGUCAUGGCCCAGUAUCUCAUCUCUAUCCUGGGGGACAAACUGCUGAGAACUCCCUUGGAUCACCCAACCACUGGAGACCUCCCAAGCCCAAAUGACCUGAAGUAUAAGAUUCUCAUCAAGAAUAAAAAACUAAGGCCUCAGAUUAAGACAGAGGACACAACAGGGCUUGAGGAGAGUGAGGAUGAGGAGGAAGAUGAGGAGGACGAGGAUCAGCAGACCAAAGCAAAGUUCUGGUCUCCCAGAAAGGCAGGGUCAAAGAAGAAAGCUCUGUCCAACCUGGUUAUAUACACCACAUCGGUUAAGUUCAUCAGCUUCAGUUAUUCCAAAGACAAUCAGAACUCCUAUGAAAACACAUCUAUGGCAGAGAAGAAAGCUCGCAAGCUAGUCAAAGUCUCAGGUCCAGAUUUUGUUAAACACAACCAGAAGUUCCUCUCCAGGAUUUAUCCAGCAGGAUCGAGGACGUCGUCAUCCAACUACAACCCUCAGGAGUUUUGGAACAUUGGCUCGCAGCUCGUGGCACUCAAUUUCCAGUCCCUGGGCUUGGCUAUGGACCUAAAUGAUGGCCGUUUCCAGGACAACGGGGGUUGUGGAUAUGUCCUGAAGCCGGCAGUGCUCAUGUCCAGUCAGAGGAGCUUUGAUCCCGGCUCCAGCCAGCAUGUCAAACCAAAACACCUGCUGCUCAAGGUGAUCAGUGGAUCCAACCUGCCUGUCCCCAGGGGUGGCAAAGGUCUGGACCCCUUUGUGAGAGUGGAAAUUCAUGGGAUUGCAUCUGACACCCGCAGAAAAAGCACCCAUACUGUCAAAAAUAACUCUCUGAGUCCUCACUGGGAUUCUGACAUGAACUUCAACAUCAGCGUCCCCGAGCUUUGCCUUAUCCGCUUCUGUGUCCGAGAUCAGACCGGCCUGCUCAGCAGUGAGUUUGUGGGCCAGUACAUGCUGCCCUUCAGCAGCCUGAAGAAAGGCUACCGCUGGGUGCCACUCCGGUCUAGAGAUGGAUGUAGCCUGGAUCCAGCCUCCCUCUUUGUCUUUGUGUGGUAUUCCUAA